AUGGCUGGGAGACACUGGCUGCUACUCCUGCUUCUGGGGGGAGUUCUGCGAGACAUGGGAAUCAAAGGACAACACAAUACAGCAGAUUCCCAGAUCCAGGACAGGGUGGACUCCAGGCUCCAGGUGACAUUUGUUACAACAAGAACAUCCGGCCUCAUCUUUCUGGCCAGUGGAGAGAAUCAAUAUCUGCUAGUGGAGCUUGCCAAUGGGACCAUAAGGGCCAAGCUGGACAAGGGGAACGGAGAGUCUGUGAUAAAUGCCAUAGGACAUAUAUCACAUUACAGUCUGGAAACCCAUAAACUAGAUUUGGUGGUCACAGAGUCCAAGAUGGCGAUUACUUUGGACAACCUUAAUAGCUCUGCGGAUCUCCUGUGGUCUCCAGAUACACUGAACUUUAACCAUGGACUUUUUUUGGGUGGUGUUGGUAAAAGUGACUCUAAUAAUCUCACAGAGAAUAUUCCCACAUUCUAUGGCUGCAUAGUGGAGGCUAGGUUUAACGGCAUUGAUCUGCUUUCUAAUCCUUUAGUAAAGCUUCAUGGACAGUGGGAGGGGUGCCAAUCAAUCCCUAUAUCCUCAAUGGCUAGAUCCUUUGGAUUCCUUGGACCACGAUCCUACUUGAUUUUCCCUGGCUGGGAUGCCAGCACUAAAAGUACCAUACAGCUGACACUAGUUACAUCCAGAGCAGGUCGUGCCCCCUUGCUUUAUCAAUCUGGACCACGAAGAUCAUAUUUUUACAUAGGUAUUGCUGGAGGGCACUUGCAAAUGAAUAUUGUAACAGGAGAAACUGUUGUCCAGAUUGAAAACAAUGUGUACAUCAGUGACAGUCGACCUCACAAGGUUAAGAUCUUGGUGGACAGUUCUGAAGUGCAGCUAGCAGUAGACAAGAGUCUUUCUAAACUACCCAUUGGAGAUUUGGAACAUGAGUUUGACUUCCAUGGGAACCUUUACUUGGGAGGUGUGGAUGAGACCAUUCUGGCCAAGAUGCGCGAUGGUCCUCUGGGUGACUUGUAUGCAGAUGAUAUGGAAUAUAGAUCCUUUAUUGGUUGCUUUGCAGAUUUGAUGGUGAACUCAGUAAAAAAGGGGCUGCGUGAUGCUAUGUUAACCAAAGAUGUCACAGCUGAAUGUCAUGACUAUGAAUAUGAUGACUAUAUAGAAUAUGAAGACACGAUCACACCUAUUCUCACAACUAUUGUCACGCCACUGAACAAGACUACACAUCUUGGCCAAUCUACCAUUUGUAAACCCAAUCCAAAUCAUCCUUAUAUCACUUCGCUAGUAAGUACUCAACCAUUGUCAGUCACAAGAGGGGAAUCUACCAUCUUGGAGUUAAGUAAUAUCCAACCCACAAUAGAUUUAGGCAAAAUAGGUAUUCGCAAGUCUCAAGUGGUGUUAAGUAUUGUUGGCAGUGCUCAACAUGGGUUGCUUGAACUUGAAAUCCCAGGUGCUGAGACCAGGAGAAAAUUUACACUACUUGAUGUGGCCCAUCGCAAAGUACACUAUAUUCAUGAUGGAUCUCAGUCCCACAAAGACAGGCUGAGUUUUGAAGUUUCUGUGACAAGUGGUAUAAACCUUCCAGAGUGCCUAAGGAAGGUACAACAACAUACUCUUGAAAUCAAUGUCCUUCCAGCAGUGACUCUGCCAAACUUAAUGUUUCCUAAAGGAAAGACACUUGGGAUAAUUUCACACAGGAUGUUGACUCUAACAACGGACAUAAUUCAAAUCACUGACACAGAUACAAAUUGUGACAAGGUGACCUUCUCCAUUUCUGGAAACUCUACUGAGGGCCAUGUAGAACUUAAACACAAACCUGGAGUAGCUGUCCGGGAAUUUUCCUGCAUGGACUUAAAAGAGGGGAAAGUAGUGUUUAUUCAUAAGUCUGGGAAUCAAGUACAGUUAACCAUACAGGUGCAUGGCAGAACAUCAACAAGUUUUUCAGCCAACUUUACUAUCCUUGCUCUGGAAGUCAUUGAAAGCAGGGAAGCAAAUCUCAUUGUCUCUCCAGGGGCAUCUGCACUCAUCACCUCUUCAUACCUCCCUAUAUUUACCAAUGCAGAAACUCUAGGGGUUGAAAUCAUAUACCAACUAGCUGAGCAUCCCAAGCUGGGGGAGGUUCAGAAGCUAACUGACAUGGGACAAUGGAAAAUCACUGAGGACUUCAAACUGAGUGACUUGAUUAGACAUAGUGUGAGGUACUUCAGCAAAGUUGCAGAUCUUCAUGGGGAGGAGAUGAAUGAUGAACUCGGCAUCCAAAUGAAGUUAGGGUCCCAAGUUGUGCAUAACAAGACAUUACAAGUAAAAAUAAGGGAGUCAAAUAUUCAGGUAAUAAGGAACAUCCCUCUGAGGGUGGGAAGAAAGCGUAAGGUUAAAAUCACUGAUAAGGUGCUGCAAGCAGAAAGUGUGGGAAUGGAUCUCAACCUCACAUCAUUAACCUACAUGAUCCUCCAGUCACCCAGGAAAGGCAAUUUGCAACUUGAGGGCCAGAGACUUACUGAAGGUUCCCAUUUUACCCAACAGGAUCUGCAGAACGGCCUUAUCAGUUAUGAAGCUACAGUCAGAAACACUGAGGAAAUGGAAGAUCAAUUUCAAUUCCAAGUUACAUUGGGAGCCCAGAUUUCCCCCGUCUAUACCCAUAAAAUUCUAAUUGGUGUAGACCCAGAUGCACCUGAACUUACCAAUCAACUGUUACAUGCACUAGAGGGUGAAGAAGUAGGAAUCACACCCGAACAUCUUUUCCUAAAGAGUGGCAAUAAUGUCAACUUUGUCUAUGAGGUUAUAGAUGGUCCUCAGCAUGGGGUGCUAAUUAGAAAAGAUAGUCAAAGGGAAGUUGGGAUAGUCGAGUUCACUAAUGAGGACAUCAUCAAGGGGCAGCUUGUUUACCAGCAUGAUGGGUCAGAGACAACAGAGGAUGACAUACCAUUUGUGGCAUCCAGACAACGAGAAGGUAGUGCUACUGAUACCAGUGGAGAAGAGGAAGAUGAUGAAGAAGAAGAGGAAGUGAUGAGAGGUGUUUUCCGUGUGUCAAUCCAGCUGGUCAAUGACAAUCCUCCCGUGCAGUUGGUGCGGAAGGUCUUUCACGUGGUCCGUGAUGGGCAGAAGCUUUUAACUACAAAUGAUAUUGCCUUUUCAGACCCGGACUUAGGGACAACAGAUGCACAGUUAGUUCUAGUAAGGUAUGGUGUACCAUUUGGCAAAAUUGUCUUGGUGGAUGACCCUUCACUAUUAGUUUUUCGAUUUACACAAGACGACCUUAGGAUGCACAGAAUCCUUUAUAUCCACAAUGGACCUGACCAGGGUUCCAUUCAAUUACAAGUAUCAGAUGGAUUAUACCACCUUACCACAGUCCUUGAGAUACAAGCAUCUGAUCCUUUUAUUCAAAUAGCUAACUUGACCAUGCUUACUAUUCCCUCUGGAGGCAGGGGGACUUUGACAGCUACAAGCCUCAAUCUAGAGACAAACUUGGAUAUACGUGAAGAAGAUGAAAUCAGGUACCAUAUCAUCUCUCCACCCAGGUGGGGAGAGCUUUUGAAAGGAGGGAAACCCACAGACUCUUUUUCGCAGCUUGACCUCGCAGAAGGACAAGUAGUUUAUCAGCACAGUGUGGAAGGCGCCAGAAGGGAUAAUUUCAGGAUCUCUGUUGAGGCUAACCAAGUUUUGGCAUUUGGAGAGAUUCAGGUACAAGUAGGCACUGAAAUUCCAGCUGUAACACCAAGAGUGAUUCACAAUGAGAAGGUGUAUGUUUUCCAAGAAGAAGCUGCAGAGAUCAAGAAGGAACAUCUUCUGGUCUCUGCUGAGGAUACAUUCCCACACAAAGUCAUUUACACUCUUACAGACCCUCCAGCUUUCGGAUACUUGGUGGCUGUUAGUACUGAGCCGUCUUCUGAUGGCUCAGCAAGUUUAGACUCUGUCCAGACAUUCACCCAGGAUGAUAUUAACCAGGGCAGAAUCAUGUACCUACAUUCAGCUUCAGAAAUGCUUCCUGAUCGUAUGACCCUAGAGGUGACUGUAGGUGGUGAGACAUCUCUGGAAAUCGUGGUUCUCAUAGAAAUUCUCCCGUUCUACAUUCCACUGGAGGUAACCGAGCUUAAGGUAAAAGAGGGAGAUAUAGCUACACUAACCACCGGCAUCCUACAGGUAUCCAGUGAGUAUUUUCUGGGACUCCAUCUGGAAUUUAUUAUCAUGUUCGCUCCUAGCAGAGGACGUAUAGUGAAUGCAGACAAGGAAGACCUGAGGACAUUCAGCUGGAAUGAGCUGGAUCAGGGGAGGGUAUUUUAUGAACAUGACGGCAGUGAGACCCUGAGUGACAAUUUCACCGUUGUGGUAAACGCUACAGAUAUCAACCAUCAGAGUCAACCGGUUACUAUCAAUGUGACGGUACAGGCAGUAAAUGAUGAGCGCCCACAUGUGGUCACCAACAGAGGCCUCGAGAUAUUGGAAGAAGAUACAGUGAACAUUGAUGCCCAGGUCCUGCAAACUAUCGAUGCGGACUCUCUCCCAGAAGAGCUGGUGUACUCCAUUCUGCCCCCAACAAAUGGGCAGUUAGUGCUAAAAGGAUCCAGUGGUGGGGUUUUGAGCUUCACACAGAAACAGGUGGACCAAGGAUUGUUGCAAUUUCAACAUAAAGGUCCUUUGGAUGGGGGAUUCUUCUUCACAGUCUCCGAUGGAGAGCAUCAAUCUUUGAGGAUUUUUUUCCAAAUCCAUGCCAUACCUUUUACGAUCACUAUGAAGUCCAUACAGAACCUCAUUGUUUGUCCACAAUCCUUUAAGCCAAUAACUAGCCAGCAUCUGAUGGCAGUAACAAACGAGAGAAAGGACCCACCCCCUGAACUGGUUUAUCACAUAGAGACACCUUUUCAGUUUGGUCAGGUUACACGAUUGAAAAAUGGAGAAGAGACAGCAAUAACUAACUUUACCCAGUCAGAGGUGGAUGCAAAUCUGAUAUAUUAUCAACAUGUUGCUUUGGACACCCCAUUUUGGACAGUGCAGGAUUAUAUCUCAUUCCAUGUGACAUCCUCUUACGUUGUGUCCCAGCGCUACAUCCUGAAUGUGACUGUGACAUUCCAGGGGCCCUGUCCCCACCUUCAGACGCGCCUCUGGAAGAACGCAGGUCUCACUGUCCUAGAAGGUGGCUCUUCCCCCAUCUCACGUACAACACUUGAUGCUUCAAACCUAUUGGCAAAUCGUGGCAUCUCCAGUAUCUCGCAUGAUGUAGUAUUUCUGGUCACCAGACUGCCUUCUCAAGGCCAUCUUUCUAUCCAGGGUUCGCCCCUUGACCCAGUGCGUCCACAUUUUUGGCAAUUUCACCUGGAGCAAGAAAGCCUUCUCUAUUCCCACACUGGGUCUGGUAUACUGGAGGACACCUUUGAAUUCAAAGCAUGGCUAUGGCCAAAGUUAAAAGCAUUUCAUGAACCACCCAGUGAUGUAGAUAAUAUAAUUAUUACAGAGACCCUUAAUAUUACCAUCAUCCCCACCCCCAACCAACCCCCUCUAAUGUCAACACCUUCUUCAUCCCUUAAUGUUGCACCAGGCUCACAUGCUGCCCUCUCCCCAGUUCACUUAUCUGUACAAGAUAGGUAUAGCCCACCAGAUAAGAUACUUUACACUGUUAUUGAUCUACCAGUAGGGAUUACUGUGACAAAACACGAUAACAUGUUGGUGCCAAUCUCACAUUUUACACAAGAUGAUCUUGCCAAACUAAACAUUGUCAUUGUGGCUAACAGCACUGCCAGUUCUGGUACCAUGCUUUUUAGUGUUGGGCAUCAGUCACCUACAAUAAUGAUGGUACCAGUGAAAGUACCUGCUGUGUAUAAAGCUGUUCUUGAGGUCCCACAAGCCCUGGGAACAUCAGUGUUGACAAUAGAUCAUGUUCCACCAGUGGUAGAAGGGAUGUCACAGGAGGUCUUGUAUAAGGUUACCAAGCAACCAACAUAUGGGCAGUUAAUUGCUGGGAAUGUGCCGGUGACAGAGUUUAGUUGGAAGCAGCUAAAGGAAGGAGAUGUAUUUUAUAUGUUUACAAGCUUCUCUUCUUCCUAUGAUGAGUUUAGGUUUCUUGCCAUGUCCUAUAGAGGUGAGGAAGUAGCUGGUCUAGUGGCAAUUAGCGUAUCUGGAAUGGCUAAGAUAGGAGAUCAAGAACUGUGGCCAAGAGGAUGUACAGUGAAACUUGGAAGAGAGACAGUUGAUGCAAGUGAGUUGGCCAUGCGUACAGCAAGUGUGCCGGAAUUCAGAGUCCUUCGCCAACCCCGUGGAGGGAGGUUGGUGAGGUUUCCUCAGAAGAAAGGCAAGGGAAAAGGCAAAACCACAGAUUCUUUCAAUCAGUUAGAACUAGAGAAAGGGUUGAUUGGAGUGGAACUAUGGGAAGAUGGACAAAGUGGUACAGAGAUACAAAGUGAUAGAAUCCAUAUGGAACUACGUGCAAACAGGGUGCCCCCUGCAAAUAUCACUGUGAGGUUUAGCACUAUAGCCUACAACUCAUCUUACCCAUACAGAGUAACUUUGCUAAGAGUCUUAGAGGUUUUGAAAACUACUCCAUAUCCAAUACAUCAGAUAUCUACCACAGCAAUGGAUACCAAAAACUUAGAACCUAAUACACAACUAGACUUAACCACGCAUUUAAUCGCUGCAACAAGGAUACAAUCAACUACACAUUCAGAAUCAAGCACAUAUUCACAAUCCAUAACACAUAUAGAGUCAACCACAACAAAUACACAAUCAAACAUACAUUCAGAACCCACAACCCACAUACAAUCAACCACACACUCAGAACCCAAAACAUAUAUAGAAUUCACCACACACUUACAACCAACAACUUCACAAUUAACAACACAUUUAGAAACCACAACACCUCUCAAAUUAACCACACAUUUUAAAACCACAACCAAUAUCGACUCAACCAAACAAUUAGAACCUGCAGCAACCUUGGAAUCGACCACACAUUUCAACCCUACAACACAACUACUGACAACAACACAUUUAGAACCUACAAGAAGUUUAGAUCCUAUCACAAAAGUGGACUCCACCACCUUUAACACAAUAAAUACAGCAACAGUCACAAACACAGUGAGCACAAGUCCAAACUUGUCUUAUACUACCACACAUUUUAGAAAAGUGUCCUCGAGAUUCUCUGAUGCAGAGAGCUCCACAAGCAACACAACCCAAAGUUUGCUUUUCAACAGCUCAUGGAGCCUAGCAGUACCAACAUCAUCAACACCAGAGGAAGAUGAUGCUUUGCUUGGUUUCAUGGGUGCUCAUGUGUAUAACAUUAUAAUUCCCAUUUGUCUAGUCCUCUUUCUGGUUGCAGUUGGUCUUUUACUUCUAAUUUACCUUUUGCGAAGAAAAAAGAUGGGCAUGCAUCAUGUGCAGAAAGCUGCUACAUCUUCUGCCAAACCAGAGAAUGGAGCCAGUGACAGGCAAAACUUUCGGCCAACCGACCCAGACAGAGGUAUCCCUUUAUGUGAGGUUGGAAAUGGAUCAGGAACACAAGGACAAUCUAGAAGCCAAUAUUGGGUCUAACUCCCAAUGGACACAUCCUCUUUGGUUGGCAUGAAACAUGGGAGACUUCCUCCCAACAAUUCUGAAGAUGGAGAACAAACCGUGAAAUUCUAAUAUUCCACAGAUGGACAUGUCCCUUUUUAACUUAAAAGGGUAUUGUGAAUUCCGGAAGAUACUCAAUAUGCUCAUAUCAUCUUGCACUGUGGGUCAAAUGUGACUACAUAGACCAAAUGACAAAGUUGUAGUGCAGGAUGAACUGAGGCAUCUACUGCUGUCCAUGUCGUUGACCAUAGGGAUCAGUGUAAACAAUUUGUAUGUGUAUUCUGUAUAAAAUAUAUGCUGUACCGCA